AUGGGCUCUGCAAGUGAACAGCCAAAUCUCGUCGCGCUCUUUGGCGUGCAGCAGAACACCCCUAGAUUGGAGGAGCAGAUCAAACUUUACAACAAGAUCGGCUAUGUCAUCGACGACGGUUUCCAGCUUGCCGAUGGCGAACAACUCCCUGACGCGUGGUUCAGCGCCCGAGGAGUGAAAAGGGACGACCUGGACAAAUUUGUGGCUAUGAAACUUCCUGGGGAUGCUUACAUGCAUGUCUUCUUCUAUUCCUGGAAGAACCUGAUCACCAAGAAUCAAUGGCCAGCGCCGUUCAACCUGAUAGGGUCGCGGGGCAUGACUUUUCUGUUCGAUGAUGUCGAAACGGAACUGGCCCGAAUUAAAAAAGAUUUCCCAGAGACGAAAGUCCUGCAGGAACCGUACAAGGUCAGGCGCAAAUGGGGAGUCACCACCCAGGCCUUGAUCAUCGACCCGGAGGACUUGUGGGUGGAGCUGAUCUCGAUCGACCAAAACCCAUUCGAGAAGCUGGCCAGGCCGCCCAACGGAAACGAGAUCAGCCUUCUCCAUUUCCAAGUCAACUGCCGCAACUUCGAAAAGUCCAACAACUUUUACAAAGCUUUCGGUAUGACGCACGACACGGGAGUGAACGAAAGACACGUCGAGUCGGCUUUCCCCGACGGAUUCGGUGUCUUCAAGAAGCAGAUGAAGGACGCCUUCAACUUUAUCAUCGAAGACAAAAUCUUGGACGUCGGCUUCUUGCGCAAUCCCCGCGACCCGAGUCUGAUGCACCUCGAGCUCCUCGAGACCAUCGACAACGGCCGCUUGUUGAAAGACCCAGGACUCGACCCAACCUGGUCGCAAAAGGGUAUUUGCAGAUACUGUCACAAGACCCCCGACUACUUCAAGUCACUCGACGACAUGAAGAAGCUGGGAUGCCCAAUCUAUGUCGAUUGUCAGAAAAUGGGAUUGAACUGGGGCGACACGGUCUGGUUCUAUUUCGGGGAUCGGGAUGGGAACCUGCUUUGUCUGGAGGAAUGGAAGCACUGUCGCUUCUUUGGUGGACGCUAUUAG